UGGUACCUUAAGAUUUUGGUAAGUGCACAAAAAUCAAAGCAACUUACAAUUACUACUUUUUAAAGGCAGAGCACAAAAAGUGGCAAAUCUUUUUAUAGAGUCAAAGAUAACAAACAAAACAAAGACCGUACAGAGAAAUUUGCAGGCAAAAAAAAAAAUAUAUAUUAUUGACUGCCAUUGAAGGUGGUAAUAAAUAAGCUCCACAUAGAAAAAAAAAAAAGGAAAAAAAAAAUCUCUGAAGAAUUGAAAAGAGAUGAGAGAAGAAAGAGUAUAUAGAAAGCUUCAUUUUCACUCAUAAAUUUCAACCUACUUGUGUUUAGCUGAGUAUUUUUAGCUCCCUUUUUCCAUUUUUUCUUAGUGUUGGGAAGCUCAUUGUGUUGAAUUUGUGGGGUUUGUGUAAAACUUGAAGCCAUUGAAGCUCCUGAAGCUCUCAAAAUUGCAACAUAAAAGAAAGAGAGAAGAAGGAAAAGUGUGUAAAGCUUCAUUUUCACUCAAGAAAUCUUCAAUUACCUCUAUUUGGCUCAGCUUUUUCACUCUUUUCCAUCAUUUUUUUCUUUGUUUGUUGGUGUUCUGAAGCUCAUUGACUCAAAUUUUGUGUGGUUACUGCAAAAUUGCACUCAAAAAACUUCGCAAAAUUGCUACCAAACUAUAGAGAAGAAGAAGAAGAAGAAAAAGUAAAUAGAAAGCUUCAUUUUACCUCUGUUUAGCUCAGUUCCUAUAACCCCUUUUUCCAUUUUCUCUUCAAUUUUUUGUAGCAAUAAAGUGUAAAUUGUUAUCAGAAUUUGACUACAUAUUGUUGCUAUCAAAGUUAGCGAGCAAGAUCAAAUCUAGAUCCGAUAAUUCCGGAGCUAAAAUGGGAGAAAUACCAACUGAUUUCAACAGCUUCGAUGAGGAGAUCUUGCCCAUUACAUCAGAACCCGGAAGUUCAUUCACUGCUUUACUUGGACUUCCAGCUAAUCAAGCUGUAGAGCUAUUAGUUCAGACCCCGGAAACUGAUAACAAAAUUGAAUCAGAUAAAAUCAAUGUACCUUACUAUCACUAUCCUCCUCCGGCUUUGGGUCCCACUCCGACUCCAAUUCCGAUUUUUCCAUCGGAUAUUGCUUUGAUUGAUAGAGCAUCGAAGUUCUCCGUCUUUGCUACUACUGCUGGUGGUGGUGGAAAUGGUGUUGGGAAUUCACCGGAGUCGAAUUCAACGCUUUCGAAUUCGGGGUCGAAAGCGUUGUUAGUUAAGCAAGAACCUAUGGAUUCUGAGUUUAAUCAGAAUUCAUCUCCGGCGAGUUCUGUUCCGAUGGGUGAUCGGAAAUCAAUGAAGAGAAAGGAAAGGGAGAAAAAGGUAAAAGAAACUACAAAAAAGGGGAAAAAAUCAGCUAACGAUACCUCAGAAGAAGGCGCGGAGAAGCUCCCAUAUGUUCAUGUCCGAGCUCGUCGUGGCCAAGCUACCGAUAGCCAUAGCUUAGCUGAAAGAGCAAGGAGAGAGAAGAUUAAUGCUAGGAUGAAGCUACUUCAAGAACUGGUCCCGGGAUGUAAUAAGAUCUCAGGUACUGCAAUGGUGUUGGAUGAGAUCAUCAACCAUGUACAAUCCCUACAGCGACAAGUGGAGUUCUUAUCAAUGAGACUUGCUGCGGUUAACCCGAGAGUUGAUUUCAACCUUGACAAUCUCUUUGCAGCAGAACGGAGUGGUUCCCACGUGGAGAGUAACUUACCGGACAUGGUUGUGCCACCUAUCUGGACCGAGGGACAAACCAGCGGAAACGGAAACCAUUAUCAACAUCUAUGGCAUUUUGAAGGAUUCCAUCAGCCGGUCUGGGGAAGAUUAGAAGACAACUCUAGCUUUGUUACUCCAGAGAACUCACUUUUGACGUAUGAUUCCUCAGCAAAUUCAGCAUCUUUACAGCCAAAUCAGCUGAAAAUGGAGCUAUGAAAGCAGAAGCAAGUCUUUUACUAGUGGUUAGCUGUAUAUAUAUCGAACAUAUUAGUUGAUAGCAGCCGUUGGCGAAGAAGAAGAGAGUCAUCAAGAAUUCAGAUUUUGGGUUUCACCUUCCUCUAAUCAAAACAGCAAGGAGGAACUCCAGAUUGAUCACUGCUAGAGAGGGAGAAAAUUACUUUAUGUCCCUUAUUUCUAUUUAUAUAAACAUAUAUAUAUGUGUACGCUAUGCAGAAAGAUUUUUCUAUACGAACGUAGGGUCAUUCAAUCUGAUACUCUUGACAAUACACGAGAUGAUUGAUUGAUUCGUAGCUGUAAAACAAGAAGAGACUAGUUGCAACUACUACAUUGUUAUAUCGAUGAGAUUUCACGCUAUUUACCUUUUA